ACACACAUACACACACUGACAGCGGGUCUCAUUGACUGACUGCAGGCUGGAAACACACGCGUGUGAGUGCCAUGCCGAAUAAAACCAAGAAAGACAAGGAUUCACCAAAAUCUGCAAAAGUGAGUAAAACAGGAGGCCAGGAGAACUCAGAGCAUGAGGGCUCGAAUAAGAAGGGCGCUAACAGCGUCCCACCCGCCACACAGCUGCUAAAGAGCAAAGAGGCCGGAUCUCAGACUCCGCUGAAGAAGGAGAAGAGGCCGAGCUCGUCUCGAUUCAGUCUGAGCAACAACCGAGAGCUGCAGAAACUGCCUGCAUUCAAAGAUGUUCCUCCGGCCGAGCAGGAGAAGUUAUUCCUGCAGAAGCUGCGUCAGUGCUGCGUGCUCUUCGACUUCGUCUCCGACCCGUUGAGCGACCUGAAGUGGAAGGAGGUGAAGCGGGCGGCGCUCAGUGAGAUGGUGGAGUACAUCACUCACAACAGGAGCGUCAUCACCGAGCCCAUCUAUCCUGAGGUGGUGCAUGUGUUUGCAGUCAACAUGUUUAGGGCGUUACCUCCAUCAUCCAACCCAACCGGCGCAGAGUUUGACCCCGAGGAGGAUGAACCCAAUUUAGAAGCGGCCUGGCCUCACCUGCAGCUCGUCUAUGAAUUUUUCCUGCGUUUUUUAGAGUCACCAGACUUUCAACCAAACAUAGCCAAGAAAUACAUCGACCAGAAGUUUGUGAUGCAGCUCCUGGAGCUGUUCGACAGUGAAGACCCUCGAGAGCGUGACUUUCUGAAGACGACUCUCCACCGCAUCUACGGGAAGUUCCUGGGUCUCAGAGCGUACAUCAGGAAACAGAUUAAUAACAUUUUCUAUAGGUUCAUCUAUGAAACAGAGCAUCAUAACGGAAUAGCCGAACUACUGGAAAUAUUAGGAAGCAUCAUUAACGGCUUCGCCUUACCGCUGAAAGAAGAGCACAAAAUCUUCCUUUUAAAAGUUUUGUUACCUCUGCAUAAAGUCAAGUCCCUCAGUGUUUAUCACCCACAGGUACGAUCUGGAGUUUAUAUCGAAAUGAUUCAUAUGCAUGCGUCACAAUGUGUUGAAAAAGUUAUUUUUUAUGUUUUAUUAAGAACUUAA